AUGGGUGCCCCCUCAUUACCCCCGGCCUGGCAGCUCUACCUCAAGGACCACUGCAUCUCCACAUUUAGGAACUGGCCCUUCUUGGAAGGCUGCACCUGUACCCCGGAGCGGAUGGCCAUGGCUGGCUUCAUCCACUGACCUGAGAACAAGCCUGACUUGGCUCAGUGUUUCUUCUGCUUCAAGGAGUUGGAAGGCUGGGAGCCAGAUGACGACUCUAUUGAAGAACAUAAAAAGCAUUCAUCUGGUUGUGCUUUCCUUUCUGUCAAGAAGCAGUUUGAAGAAUUAACCCUCAGCGAAUUUUUGAAACUGGAUAAAGAAAGAGCCAAGAACAAAAUUGCAAAGGAAACCAACAAUAAGUAGGAAGAAUUUGAAGAAACUGCAAAGAAAGUCCG